UGUUAUCGAUGCAUUGAGUAAAGACUAUUUGUGAUGACGUCGUCGUUGCGAAUUUACGAAUUUCAGUAAAGACAAGGGCAAGCCGAAGGAAAGCCAAGAGUAAUAAUGUCAAGUCUUGGGAAUAAGAUCGAUGAUAUUGAUCUGAAUACAACAGGACUAAGAGAGAUAGGAUCUCAGGCUGUUUGGUCCCUCUCAUCAUGCAAACCAGGGUUUGGAGUAGAUCAACUCAGAGACAACUCAACAGAUACCUACUGGCAAUCAGAUGGAAUACAGCCGCAUCUUGUCAACAUCCAGUUCCGUCGUAAGACGACCGUCCACAGCGUUGCUCUCUAUGCAGACUUCAAAUCGGACGAGAGUUACACACCGAACAAGAUCUCCGUUCGCGCAGGGAACAACUUCCACGACCUUCAGGAAGUAGAGUUGCUUGAGCUCGGUGAGCCGAGCGGUUGGAUCUCGAUACGCCUGGCAGACUCGGAGGGAAAACCCAUCAGGACGUUCAUGAUACAGAUUGCUGCAUUGUCAAACCAUCAGAAUGGCAGGGACACACAUAUGAGACAGAUAAGGGUGUAUGCACCGAUGCAGAACACAACUAUGAACAACAGACUGCCAACUUUCUCAGGAGUGGAUUGUGCUAUGUAUAGCACCAUAAGGUAGUAAAUGCCAGGGAUUGGAAUCCUCUGAGGACUAUAGCACCUUCAAGUUAAAGAGCCUUUACGGAAUCAAAGUUCUGUAAAGGCUUCAUGUACUAAUGACCAUGGACAGGCAUGAUGUGGAAUCCACUGAGGACUUUCAGAACAAUCUAAAGAUUGAGCAGGGAAUGACAGAUAGACUCAAAAGGUUGUAGAGAAUACAGAGUAAAGAUUUAAUUAAUAUUCAUUCAUGUUUAUCAUGCACAAAAUAAGAUCAAGGCAUAAAAUCCACAUUUUUAGAUUUGAGAAGAAAAAUUAUGUCACGUUUAUGUCGCCCUGCCCCCCUUCCCUUCCUUCCUUAUCAAAAUACCCUACCGCCGCCACCCAUCACUUAUAAAUCAGAUUGCAGCAAAUAAUGUGACAUGCACUUUUAAGCGGUUUACUUAUCAAGAUAAGUCUUUGCAUCAUUGUAAUGUAAAGAUUGUUUCAUGUGCAAAAAGUUAUUUGCUCGUGUUUAUUACAAAAUUAUUUGGUCAUUGAAGUAAUUUAUGUAUAUUGUGAAGUAGGAGUAUUAAAUCUGUUUUUGUAUGUCUGACAAUAUAUGUGCAGUUCAUAAUUUAUCAUAAUAUUGACCUUUUUUUCGGUCAGACAUAGAUAAUUUUGCUUGUGAACAUUGAGAUAUUCUGAUGUGAAAUUUAUGAUUUUGGUACUGAUUUUAAUCUGAUUCAAACUUAGACAUAGAAUGACCAAAAGUAAACAAUUAAUGGCCAAAAUCACCAUAUUCACAUCAGGAAAUGUUAACGUUUUGCAAAUUAGACCAGAAAAGCUGAGUAUCAGAGCCAGUUUGUCUGGUUGCUGUUUAUCAUUUAGGCUGUAUCCAUUUUUUGUCUCGCCUGCAUAGCAGAGCAAGACAAUACGCGACGCUUUUCAGACGACGGCGGCGUGGCCUCAAAUCUUAACCUAAGGUUAAGUUUUUGAAAUUUCAUCAUAACUUAGAUAUGGAUCUAGUUCAUGAAACUGGGACAUACAGGCAAUCAAGUAUUACUGAACACCCUGCUUGAGUUUCAGGACACAUGACCAAAGUCAGAGGUCAUUUAGGGUCAAUGAACUUUGGCCGUGUUGGGGGUAUUUGUUGAAUUGGUAUCAUAACUUAAUAAGUUUAAGGAUCUACACAUGUAGUUCAUGAAACAUAGACAUAAAGGUAAUCGAGUUGUUUUGCACAUGUCUGAGGUCACAUGAUCAUAGUCUAUUUCAAAGUCAGCACUGCUGGUAUAUCAAAUCGCGUAAAGCAGGCAAGACUGCCAGAAGCGUUCCACUUGUUUAAAUUUCUUAUGUAUUUCCAUGUUCAACUUUUUGUUUUUUCAAUGGAAAUUGUUGCAGACAUAAUUUUGAUCAUAAACAAGACAAAAUUAAUUAAGUUUAAUCAGUAAAAGUAGAUAUAAUGAUACAUUUAUGAAUUUUGGCUAAAUACACAAUUUGCAUUGGAUUUGUACAUGAAUUCACGUUUUUGAGCAGUUUUGGGUCUGACAUGCACUUACAUAAUGUUGCGUAAUUUCGUAACCGCGUACCCAGUCAUCGCAAACUUCUCAAAAGUUGUGCGAGAUAUGAAAGUAAAAAGUCAGCAAGCGCCGUGGUUGAAAAAUUUCGCGCGUUGGAUUUAUCGUGAAAAAUGUAGAGGGGGGCGGAUUCCCCCCCACCCCCUGGGCCUUUUAGGGUUAAUUUUGGCCAUGUUAGGGGCAAUCAUUGAAUUGCCAUCAUAAGUUUAUGGAUAUAGUUUAUGAAAUGUGGACAUAGGGGUAAUCAAAUAUCACUUAUCACCUUGCACAAGUCUUAGGUCACAUGAUCAAGGUCAAAUGUCAUUUAGGGUCAAUGAACGUAGUAUUUUAUUGUAUGAAUUGUUUUUUGUGAAUAAUUAUUCAAUAGUUGUUUCAAAGUCAGAACUGCUGCUAUAUUGAAUCGCAUAAUGCAGGCGAGACUGCCAGAGGCGCUUCAUUUGUUUCUAAUUUCCACCUGGUCUACAGCACUUUAUCUAAUUUACAUGUAUGUGAUUAUAUCGAUGAACCGUUUAUGAACCAAAGUUAGACUCUCUUUGGUAUUCUGAUAAACCUAGGUUUUACCCUUGUUUAAACUAGAUUUUCAAACCACAGGCCUAUGGAAUGCUGGCUUUAUAAUAUUUCUUCCAAUAAUCAUGGCAAUUAUAAUUAAUUUUAAUUAAAAGUCAUUAUAUUUCUGUAUUUUCAUAUUCUAAUUUCGCUAAUAAAUGACAUUUUCAAUAACUUUUUUCAGCAGGAUAAGGAUAAUUUUGUAAUUGGUAAAUAUGUUGACCAUUGGCACUUCAUAAAAGUCUGGUCUAAAUUAACCCAGGUUUAACUAAACCAUUGCUAUCAGAAUACCACCCUCUGAGAAAUAGACGGUAAACCAAGUGAAUAUAAACCAUUGAAUGUAAUCAUUGUCCUUUUUUCCAUUACCACCAAACUCUUCAGUCUUCACUAUGCAUCCUCUCUCUCUCUCUCUUUUAAGGUCAAGUCCACCCCGGGAAAAUACUAGCAUAGUGCUGAAAAUUUCAUCAAAAUCGGAUGUAAAAUAAGAAAGUUAUGACAUUUUAAAGUUUCGCUUAUUUUUCACAAAACAGUGACUCAGUCGAUGAUGUCCAUCACUCACUAUUUCUUUUGUUUUUUAUUGUUUGAAUUCUACAAUACUUCAUUUUUUAUAGAUUUGACAAUAAGGACCAACUUGACUGAACCAUAUAGUAUUAAACAAUGCUAAUUAAUUCCACAUGUUCAGGGAGGAAUUAAUCGUUGUAUCACUUGACAAUGAGGAGAAAAUUAGAAUAUUUCAUAUAAUAAAUACAAAAAUAGUGAGUGGAUGACAUCAUAGUCUCAUUUGCAUACCAGCCAGGAUGUGCAUAUAUUAUAACUGUUUUGUGAAAUUAAGCCGUAACUUUUAAAUGUCAUAACUCUUAUUUUACAUCCGAUUUUGAUGAAAUUUUCAGUGUUAUGCUUGUUGGAUUUUUCUCUUUUUAUUCAAAUCAACUUUUUGUUGGGAUGGACUUGUCCUUAAAGAAAUUGACAAAUUAAAGGGGUACUCCCAGCUGAAAAUAAUCUGAUUUCAACAGAUUAAGAAAAAUCAGAGCAAAUGUCACACUGAAAUUUGAUUGAAAUUGGCCAAGGAAUGGCAAAGUUUUGACUUUUUAGAAAUAUUUGCAUAUUUCAAAGAAACAAUCCUACGCAUGGCUUCAUGAAUAUGCAAGAGCAAGCUGAUGUCAUUUCUCCACUUAUUCUUUUCGAUCAAAUUUUGUCCUCCAAGAAUUAAACAAAUUGUAUUGACUUCAGAUUUAAUGUAUAGGAAAACCAUUGCUGCAACCUAUAUUGUUACAAAGACUGACAUUAUCAUACCGACGUAUGAAACUUGAAAUAAUUAUAAUUUCAUGUAACAACAUAAGAAAAGGGAAAAUGGGAACAUGACAUCAUCUUACCUAAUGCAUAUUCAUGACAAUUAAAACUUUUUUGCAAAUAUUGCUAAACUUUAACUCAGUAAACUUUUUUAUUUACUAUCAGAUUUGGAUACAAUUUUUAGUGUUCUCAUUUAAUUUUAUGGUAGGGGGUCCUAAUGCUACGCACCACUCAUCGCGUAUGCAGUUUUCAAUGGCAGAUGCGCACUCUAUGUGAAACUGACUGCAGAAUGACGAACAAUUCAUAAUCAAAUUUUUGUGUACAGAGGCUGCAGUUUAUCUCUAAAUGUAGAGAAAACCCACAACUCUUUGGAAUUUUGGAGUUGCAUUCACUUUAAUUUCAUUUUUUCCUAUAAUAAUAUGAACUUAUUUAAGUAUUUGAGGCACUGGAAAUAAAAAAAUUUUGCAUGACAAAUCGAGUGCGUAGCUUUAGGACCCUUCUACAUCGGGCGGCGAAAUUAAGAGGUGUUCGAAAAACAUGGCGGGAUUUUCGUAUUUGUGAGUUUUGUGAUAUUUACUUCUUGGUUUGUGAUCUUUAGAAUGUUUGCUGCAAAUUAGUGAAAGAUAAUUUAUUCAAAUAUUAAAAUUGGCACAACAAAGUGCGUAGCUUUAGGUCCCCCCAUCAUGCUCUUUUAAGAUUAUUUUUAGCAUGGAGUUACCCUUCAAAUCAUUGUAAAUAAUGCCUGAAUGCUCUCUCUCAAUGAUCCUUUCAUCUUCUUGACUUUUUACCGUGAAUCUUCUCUUCAUACAAUACAUGCACUACAUACAAUACAUCGCCUUGAAAUAAAAACCAACACAAAAUAAAUAUUUAAAUAGUGUAUAAUACCUUUAUUUUACAAAAACUUGAUUAUACAUAAAAUGAGGUACUCAUGUCAUUUGGCACAAUCUUUUCCUCUGGCUUUUUUUUUUCUUUGCAUGUACAGUACAUCUGUCUUUGCCUAAUCUUUGCAAUGUAGCUGCCCUGAUACAUGUGCAUGUAAAUACUUGGGAGAGUUUACACAUUUGUACAAUUCUGUGGAAAUCAAUAAACUCCAAGAACAAAUGCAUAAAACUA